AUGAAACUUUUGGAAGUGAAGAGGCCAAGGCUCGAGGAUAGACACGAGAAUGCCAUCGCCUUCAUUGAGCAGGAUGUGGAGGGUGUGCUAGCCCCGCACAAUGAUGCGGUGGUUGUAACCGUGAAUAUCGCUGAUUAUAAUGUACACCGUGUAUUCAUUAAUAAUGGAAGCUCGAUUGAUAUUUUGAUGAUGCUUUUUGGCCUAAAGAAUGCAGGGGCUACCUAUCAGCAAUUAGUGAACAAAAUUUUCAAAGACCAACUUGGCCGCAACAUGAAGGCAUACGUAGAUGACAUGCUGCUCAAGAGCCGAACCACUCCAGAUCAUAUUGCUGACCUCCAGGAGACCUUCAACACCCUCCAUCGAUUUCAGAUGAAGCUGAACCUAGCAAAGUGUGCUUUCGAAGUUACCACCAGUAAAUUCUUCAGGUUUAUGAUCUCGCAAAGAGGCAUCGAGACAAAUCCUAAGAAGAUUAAGGUAAUUCUUGAGAUGAUGCCGUCAAGAACUAUUGAAGAGGUACAACAUCUUACUGACUUCAUCCUGGAGUGCACCAUCCCGAAUGGGCAAAGCUCAGAGGCUGGAGAAGAUCCAAAAGGUGGAGAGAGUUCAAAAGCUGGGGAAAGCUCAAGGAACGAGGAAGUGGAUGCAAAAUCUGAUCCUAAGGAGCUAUGGACACUGCAUGUCGAUGGCUCAUCAAAUGCAUCUAGAGUAGGGGUCGAACUUAGUUUUACCAGUUCUGAAGGAGACAUAGUAGGAUAUGCUCUACGCUUCGACUUCUCAGCUACCAACAAUGAGGUAGAGUAUAAAGAUCUGAUUGCUGGCCUCAAAGUUGCAAGCGAAGUAGGGGCUCAACAUCUAAAGAUUUUCAGUGACUCCUAA